CUUUGCUUCUGUGCCUGACAGCGGCUCUGGCUCGAUCACUUGCGCCGAAAGGAACUGCAGCGCCUUCGACCACACCGAUUCCACUUCCGCUCCCCUCCCCAGCAAUCUUGGUCCGUUUUUCGGAAUAGUCUGUUCCGCCAGCAGAGGACACCCAUCUCCAUCACUUUGCGCUCUUUGUGGCAUCUCGCAGGAUGGUGGCAUCGCUCCUGAACAUGGGCCGCAGCCGAUGGCCCAGAGCACUUUCUCGGAUAGGCAUGGGUACAUACAGAAUGAACAUCGACGAGCCCUCGCAUUGGGCGGCGCUGCGUACUGCCCUUCUCAGCGGAGUCAACGUGAUCGAUACCAGCGAUCACUUUGAAGGCGGCCGCUCCGAAAGGCUCGUCGGCGCUGUCGUAAACGACCUCAUUCGUGCCGACAAGAUCCAGCGAGAGAAUCUACUUGUGAUCACCAAGUUCGGAUAUACAACCGUCGACCACAUGCGCUCGAUCCAGGGUGGAGACAUAUCGGAUGGGACAGCCAAGCUUUCCUCGACCGUGGCGCAUUCGGUAUCCCCGUCCUUCCUGAAGCAUGGCAUUGAUGCCUCUCUCGGACGGCUCCAGCUCGAGCACCUCGACGUUGUCAUGCUGAACAAUCCCGAACGCUUGAUGGCAUCAGCGGAUCGGCGGAUAUCUGUUUCAGAGGUGUACCGGAUGAUAGCUGAGGCAUUCAAGUAUCUCGAAACCGAGGUCGCCAGAGGGCGCAUCAGGUCCUACGGAAUAUGCUCGACCUCCAUGUCGAUUCCGACCGCACCAGACCAUCUCUCUCUGGAGCAGAUCGUGAAUGCGGCGGAUGCAAACAACACCGGCUCCAGCUUCACGUGCAUCGAGUAUCCUUUUAACCUCUUUGAGACAACGGCCAUGUCACGCACGGGACAUCCGAAGGGCCUGUCGCAGGUCGCAGAGGAAUACGGCCUGUAUCAGUUUCUACAUCGUCCGUUCAUGUCGGUAGCCGGCGGCCAAGUUCGGAUGCUGACGACGAGUCCCGAGCUUGCUCAGUUAGAUGAAUCCGCUCUGACUCGCGAGCUGAGUGGGCGCUUCGAAGCUGUAACCAACAUGGAGAUGGAUCUUGGCAACAUCUUGGGAUCGGCCUCUGAUGAUAUCAAGCUCCUUGGCAAGUUCAUAUGGGCUCAGGUUUUGGCAGAUAAUUUGGCCCGCUUGACCAGCAACCCCUUCGCGGCCAACUACUAUGUUUCCAAAACCGUGCUUCCAGCGGUGCUGGCAGAUACAUCGGCCCUGAUCGACUAUGCAAAGAAUGGACGAGAGCAAGACCGAGAUAUUGCAAUCGGAUGGGCGAAUCUCUACCGCGAGGAAACGGCCAAGAUGUGCGAAACGCUCCUGAAAAUAUCCAAGCUCUAUGCAAACAAGAACAACUUGGAACUCGCCUCGGUGCUGAGUGCAUCGAUGCCCUCCAGUGUUCAGCCUCCGUCCCUGACCGAGCAGGCCAUUCGAGUGCCCCUCUCGGCGGUUCCACGGGACUCGACUGUGCUUGUCGGCAUGCGCAAGGAGACCUAUGUGCAAGAAGUCUUGGCUGCCUCGAAUCAACCGCCGCUGCAGUCGGAUCAGCUGGACGGUGUCUUGCGCUGCCCACUCUUAUACAACUAGUCGAGUGGAAGCGAAAUAGGGUGAUGGGGGUGUCUCUGAGUGCCUUCAAACAAACCACCGGUUGCUGGCUUCGAAGGCACAGUCUCGAAUACACCCGCUCGAUCUC